GGAGGCCGGGCAGGCAGGCGGGCGGUCGGCCGGCCGGCGGGAGCGAGGCCCGGUCCCCGAGGCGCUGUCCCGAGAGGCCGCAGUCCCUCGCCGCGGAUUGACGGGCUGCGAGUCGGGCACCCCGCACUGUCGGUCGUCAGUCUUCUCGGGGCCUGCGAAAGUUCUUCCGCCCAAGUGACUUUCUUCCAAUUUACUUUUGAGGAGAGUGAGAGGCGGGCGCUCCUAGCCGCGCGCGCUCUCCCGGCGUCUCGGUUCUCGACCCUGUGGCGGUGCCCGCGGCCCUGCUGUAGGGUCAGUAUAAUCCUGCUGGGCCCCAGAGAUGCCGGCCUUCGAAAUCGGCAGUGCGAGGACUAUACGGGACUCUGGAGAUAGAAGCCGGGGAAGGCGGAGGAAAGUGUAGUGGUGGUACUGUCAGGACGUCUGAGGCGAUGGAGAAGGGUUUUGACCUCCCAGUGCUGCAACCUAGGGAGAGGGCGGACUAAGGGAGCAGUCCCAGCGAUAAUCAGGAAACUCGGGGAGGCUGGGAGUCACAUAGUGCCACUUAGGGCAUUAAGUGUGGGUGACACAGGGGACCAAGCGGAGGCCCAUCUUGUUUCUUAAAGAGGCAGCCCUGUCACUGACUCCCCUCUGCUUUCUAGCUGUGCGGUCCUCUCUAGACUUGUUUUAAAGGAUUGCCUGUCAGAUGGAAGCUGUGACAUCCACAGUACAGGCUUACUGAAGGGUUAACUGAGGAAGUCUAAAGCUAAGCCAAACGGCAAGAAACCUGCUGCAGAGGAGAAGAAGGUGUACCUGGAGCCGGAGCACACCAAGUCCAGGAUCACUGACUUUGAAUUCAAGGAGCUGGUAGUGCUGCCCCGGGAGAUCGACCUCAACGAGUGGCUGGCCAGCAACACAACAACAUUUUUUCACCACAUCAACCUGCAGUAUAGCACAAUCUCAGAAUUUUGCACAGGAGAGACGUGUCAGACAAUGGCUGUGUGCAACACACAAUACUACUGGUAUGACGAGCGGGGGAAGAAGGUCAAGUGCACCGCCCCCCAGUAUGUUGACUUUGUCAUGAGCUCUGUGCAGAAGCUGGUAACUGAUGAAGAUGUGUUCCCCACAAAAUACGGCAGAGAAUUCCCCAGCUCCUUCGAGUCCUUGGUGAAGAAGAUCUGCAAGUAUCUGUUUCACGUGUUGGGCCACAUCUACUGGGCCCACUUCAAGGAGACCCUGGCCCUUGAGCUGCAUGGACACUUGAACACACUGUACGUGCAUUUCAUCCUCUUUGCCAGAGAGUUCAACCUGCUUGACCCCAAAGAAACGGCUGUCAUGGACGACCUCACUGAGGUGCUGUGCAGCAGCCCGGGUAACAGUAGUGCCACUGGGGAUGGGGCCAGCAGUGGAGCUUCUGGAGCACAGAACCACGUGAAGGAGAGAUGAGUCUCCAGGGCCAGAUGGGUGCACAUGUGCAAAAAGACAACUGUGUGUCUGUGUGUGCGCACACAUGCCCAGGCGUGCUGGUGGCAAGGUCUGAGGGCCCCGGGCUGCUCAGAGUGUGGGCUCCAUGGAUGCCGCUGGAGUCAAGGCGUGUUUCCUGACUUCCCUGUUGGAUGGAUGAGUGCUGUUUGUAGUGAAGAGCCUUUGGAGUCAGUCAUUCAUUCAACAAACAUUUAUUGGACUGAUGUUUUGAUUUUUCUUCUGUGGGGUUUUCCUUUCUUGGGUCUUCCAUGUGGCUCUUGCCCCCCCCCCCCCCAGGGGGGGGAGGCUCUGCGGCUAUGAAAGGAGCACCUUGUGAGAGGUGUCUCCCUCUUACGGGGCUUGCCCUGCAGAUCUGGAGUUCUGCUGUGCUUUGGGGAUGGGCUUUUACAGAGGCCUGCCCUGCAGCUUUCCUCCCUAGCCCUUGCCUGGAUCUUGGCUCAGAGUCCCUGGGGUAGAGAGGCCUGCCUGGGGUGACCCAGGAUGGCCAACACCUGCUGCUUGCUCCUAUUACCCCUUCUUGCUGCCUCCUCAGUGCCCAAGGAGGCCCCAUUUGUGCGUAGGGGCCAGGGCAGCCCAGGACCUGGCUGAGGCCCUGUGUGGAGACAGGGCUGUCAGUGAAAGGCAGAAUCUGCUUUAGUUCAUCUGUUCAGACAUAAUAAAAAUUCUCUCAGGUCAGAGCCUGUGUCCUCUCA